AGGCUUUAUCGGCUCGCAAAGGGUUGUGGGCACAUGGUUUGGCAUGGUGGUCCGGUGGCCAUUGCCAUGGGUAAUGCGCCGAUGCGUCCCUUCCAUGAUCUGUGGGGCUGACUUUUUGAACUUGUUUGCCCAUAGCACCACCAAGUACAUUAAUAUCAGAGAGACGCGAUUCGGUUUGCCUCACUAUGGCUUGAUGUUUCUGAUUGCGAUGUACCUUUUGGUGUACCAGCUGAUUGGGAAGUUAGGCUACUUGAAGUUCAACGAUGCCCCAAACACAGUGCGUUUCACUCUCCAAGAGCCGACGGGUUGCAAUCCCGACACUGGCUGCCAUCAGGACAACUUCGCCUCCUUGAGCCAGUUGUGCCAUCACCGCAGCUUUAGCGACAACUGUACGGAUUCCUCGCGAGAGAGCUCCGGUGCCUUCAUUCCUGAGAUUCUGUCCGACAUCGAGCACCAGUCGUUGAGCAUAUGCUUCAAUUCUUAUUACUCUGCAGCCAGCAACUGCGAUGACCAUUCGGUGACAUCCCCAAAGUCCGGGCUCGCCACGACCUCCCAAAUGCAGGGGAUGCUCUUUGACAAUGGGAAUGAUGGAGACAAGGAGGGUGGGAGCAGCACAGAUAAUUCCCCCUGCUCUGUGCUGCCGAACGAAGAUGGCUUGGAUUACUUCAGCAUGGGCACCGUGUUGCAGGACAUCCGUGCGCUGAUCAGUUUUGGCUUGGGCGCCCUGCUAUGUGGCUGGGCUCGCUUGCAGGAGCUGAACAGCCGGGACCACAUCGAUCCCCUAGAGCGCGUCCAGCUCUUUGUGUACAUGAUGUGACCAAAUCAUCAAACCAGGAACAAGCCAAAAGCCCACGGGCCGCGCGCUUCAUGAUUUUCCACCUGAAGUGCGAAAAGUCCAUCAGUCCGACGUCCCUUUGAUCAGGAGCGUUGCCAGUGACGCCAGUGGAAUAUUUGAAUCUUUUUUUUUCUUAGUUUGAUCGGUGGAAACCGUGUCCAGAAAUGGCAAAUUGCAAAGCGCUGUGCAUCAAAUGC